AUGCGCUAUUCAUAUUUUCUCAACACCUCAUUUGCGGCUGUCGUAGCCGCCGUCCGGCCUUUUGUCGACUUUCCUGAUUCAGGUGCGGACUUUUUCUGGUCCGACCUGGCAGAUGGCGAGUUGCCAGCACUGGACGACAUUUGGGGCCUCAAUGACUUCCAGUGGGCCGCCAGACAUGUCAUGAACCUGACGACCUAUCAAUUCUUUACGGCCGGUGCUGCGGGCGAGUGGUCGUAUCGGAACAACCUCGAGGCAUUUGGGCGUGUGAAGAUGCGACCCCGUGUCGUCAGAGGCGUCAGGACCCCCAACGAGACGCUAGGCACCAGCAUCCUAGGCCAUAAUUUCUCAGCGCCCUUCUACAUCACCGCAUGCGGACGCGCGCAGCUGACACACCCGGAUGCAGAGCUCGGCCUGCUACGCGGCGCCGCCCGUGCAGGCAUCCUCUACAUCGGUGCGGCGAGCACCAACUGGGAGAGCGUCGACGCGAACAGAACCGAGGGCCAGGUCACGUUCCAACAGUGGUACAUGAGCAGCAACCUCACCAAGGUGCAGGCGGACUUUGAUCGUGCCAAGGCGGCUGGAUCGUCGGCAAUCGCGCUGACGGUUGACUCACCCGCGAUUUCGAACCGCAUCCGAUCUUGGAGAUGGGGGCUUAAUGACCGGGACUCGGCGACUGCCUUCUUGGACUGGGACACUUAUGCGACCUUCACCAAUAUGACUGACCUCCCCAUCAUAUUGAAGGGUGUCCAGACGGUUGAGGAUGUUAGAGAGGCCGCAGCGCACGGUGUGCCCGCAGUCAUCCUAUCAAACCACGGUGGUCGUGGAGUAGACACUGCGCCCUCGCCCCUCGAGGUCGCCCUAGAAAUCUAUGAUGAAGAGCCCGAGCUCUUUGACCAGAUAGAAGUCCUGGCCGAGGGUGGGAUUCGCUACGGGACCGACGUCCUCAAGCUGUUGGCCCUCGGGGUCCGAGCCGUUGGCCUCGGACGGCCGUUCUACUUCGCAAACCAGUACUCUGAAGACGGUGUGGCAAGGGCUGCAGAUCUUCUGAAGCAUGAGAUUGCUCACGACGCGGCAAACAUUGGUCUCUCGGACAUUCAUGAUAUAAAUGCCUCAUACAUCAAAUUGGGCUUACCAUUCACAUACAACGGUUGGUACACCUAG